UCUGUCUGUCCGGCAUCACUUUCCAAAUAAACAAUAUAAACAAAUAACAUAAUAAAACAUGGAAAUUGAACUUGCGAUUUAUGAAGAUUGUUUGAAUUUAAUUGAAAAAUUCGUCGAGAUUACAAACCCUAAUUUUAAAUCCUUUUGUGAACAAUGGCGAAAUGCGAUGUUUCAACAUAUUUAUGCAAUUCAAACAACAGUCAUAGAAGUCAUGCAAACUACUAGAACGAUUCUACAUCUGGCUAAACGUAUUGUAUGUGCCAAGGAUGCAUUGGGAAAACUUGCAUUUGAACAUAAUGAUGAAAGUCAAUUUGUUCGACGUAUUGGCGGCAUGUAUCUUAUGUACUCUGUUUAUUUUAAACAACCCACAAAACAAUAUGUAAAAAUAUUGAUGAGUUGUGAAACUUGGCAAGAUUUUGUAAGAUUUAUUGAAACUCUGCCGAAGAAUGCGAUGACAGAUGAAGUGCGGUACAUGUUCUGGAAAUUAUAUAAGGAGGAUGCUUUUCGUUUUACUACUAUAGAUUAUGACGUUGGUCUUGAAAAUUUAGUUGAUUAUGAUCGGUUGUAUAACAUUCAUAACGGAAUUAAAUCUGAUGAAGUUGUAAGAGUAAAGCUAAAGCAAAAACUUAUGACCAUUGCCGAAACGGAAAAAGCUUUACCGGAUAUGGUGGCACUUGAAGAAAAAUAUAAUAAAACUAAGGAAUCUCUUGUUGGUAUUGAUAAAUCAGCAAAGGCUCUAACAUCUACCAAAAUAUUUCAAGAUAUUCAGGAUGCUUUAAAAAGUGUACGUAAUAUUUUAGAGGAUAAAGAGAUCGAAAACAAACCGUCACCUAUUACUAGAUCAACAAACUACGACGAAAAAAGAAAAGAACUUAAGAGGAAAGCAGCUGGUCGGUAUGACUUUGCAACAGAAGAUGAGGAAUCACCAUUUGAAGAAACAUCUCUACAAGAAAAUAAAAAACACAUCGGUAGACCAACUGCUAGAAAUAUUAUGUCACAGAAACUACCUGAGCAUAUGUCAGAUGAUCUUAGAAACUCGUCAACGGAUGAGGAUAAUGCAGAAACGCAGGAAAGUUUUGAGGCAGAACAGCUUGAGAGUGAUGGCGAAAAUUAUGUGUUUGAAAUUGUCUAAACAAUUUUAUAAUUAUAUUUUUUAGUUUCUAUCUAUAUAAAUAAAAGGGUAAUAUUUGUUUGUAAGACAAAUCUCAAAUAUAAGUUUUAGGGAUCAUGAUAUAUGUCCCUGUAAAUUUUUCCGACAGAUGACGUCGAAAUUUUAAUUUUGAGUCGAUUACAACUAAACCGCUAAACCGAUUAUUUUAAAAAUUGAGGGGUUUAUAGAUAUUUACGUGUAGAU